CCACUGCCUCUUAAAAGUGAGCUCAUCUGGCACGGGGUUGCAUUGAAGUCCUCCACCGUGCCUGAAGAAAGAAUGCUUUUGGGUGGUGGGAACGUGGAGAAGAUGUGGUCUGUCCAGCUGUCCCUUGGAGUGCUAACCAUCUUGACCAUGACUGUGUAUGUCCCGUCUACACAUGGAGAGCCUUUUUUACUACAAGAGAACCGAGUCCUUCCGGAGAGGGGCGACACAAAUCAUGAGGACACACUUCUGACUCUGCUCCUUAAUAAGAAGCUCGCAUGGCGGAGACCAGAGAAUAUUGACUGGGAGCUGGCAAAGAAAUUUGAAGAGCUUGAACAGCUGGAGAAGUUGAAGGAUCAGCUCUCAACUGAGGAAGGGUCAGAGGUGGCUUAUGCCUUGGAAAGUCUCUCAGCAUCCCAGCCCAAAAAACGUGCCUGCUUUUGGAAAUACUGCAUCUGAAGGCUUGCCAGAACUGAAGGAUGAAGAUGAGCCCUUCCCCAAAUUGCCUUGCUGAGUAUUAAUGUGUUAAGAGUUUAUUCUGUUUUCUCAUUGUGCUGCUAACUUGGAUGCUGUCCUCCAUGACUGAACCACAGCCAAGUCCAACGGGGACCAUGUCAGAAGCCAAUAGCCCACUACCACACCCUACUGUUCCUUCCUUCCAGGUUUAACCUGCCAUGAUGUUCUACUUGGAAGAGGCUCUCAAAAAUUUCCCUGCUGUCCUGCGUGUGCCACUCAGUCUGCUGACACUGUACACUCUGCCCCUUCUCUCCAGGUCCCAUGAGACACCAAACACUAAUUCAG